AUGAAUGAAAUGAGGGUAAGGCUGCAAGCCAUGACCUCGCUAGUACACCAAGUUACCAGUUCGGCACCUGAGAUCGAUCGUGUGCUGAAAGAAAGCCAAAGCACCCCAUUUACGACUCGAAUCACCGAUUUCCCGAUAAGAAAUCAAGUAAAGUUCAACCUCCCAACGUACACAGGCAACUCGGACCCUAGCCAGUAUAUGACCGUGUUCAGCAUUCAAAUGGGUCGAGCACGAUUUACCCCCAAAGAGAAAGACGCAGGUUUUUGCCAGCUAUUCGUCGAGAAUCUCAGCGGUGCGGCUCUCGUCUGGUUCUCUAAGUUAAAAGCGAAUUCGAUUGACAGCUACCAAGCGUUGUCGACCGCCUUCCUCAAAAGGUACAUGAUGUACAUUCAGGGAGCAGUAUCCAGUGCCGAUCUCUUCCAAAUCAAGCAAGUGAUUGACGAGGCAUCGAUCUCAGCCCUCAGGAAUGCUCUCCGAUUUGACACAAAGUUCCAGGAUACUCUCAAAUUCGGCGCUCAGCAAACUCUUGAAGAUGCGCUUCACCGCGCCACCUUAUACAUCGAAGACGAAGAGGAGAAAGAGAUCGCAUCGCCAGCAAAGGCAACACCAAGACAGCAACCUCCCAAAGAAACCCCCAAGCGAGGAACGGCGUACAACAUUAACGCUCAGCAACAGAAUAGCCAGUAUCAACCUCAAUCAAACACAUGGCAACGAGGUGAUUACGGAGAGACAAGGCCUUUCUGCGAUUACGAUAACAAGUAUGGCCAUCCGAUUGUGAUGUGUCGUGAGCUACAUGCCUAUUUACUCGCAAAGUAUCGCAAGGGAGAGAUCGCCUUAGCAAACCAACCCCAAAGCGCCACGCCACACAACAACGAAACUCGACCACCGGUACCCGUCGAGCAGCUUCCACCUCCUCCUCCAACAAGCGAACAAGCAAACGACGAUCUCACAAAGAGAGAUCGAGAGGUCGACGCGGAGGGAGUAGACAUGCCACACAAUGAUCUGCUUGUGAUCGAGCUGCGGAUUGCAGAUUGUGAGGUGUCACGGAUCUUGAUCGAUACAGGAAGCUCAGUGGAUCUGAUUUUCAAGGAGACUCUCGAUAAAAUGGAAUUGGCGAACCACCACCUCAAAGCCUCUGUGAAGCCACUCACUGGAUUUGAUGGGGAUACGGUCUACUCGAUCGGAACAAUCAGACUCCCGGUCUACGCUAUGAAGACGACUCGCCUCAUCAAAUUUAUCGUCAUCGACAAAUCUGCCAUCUAUAACGUAAUUCUGGGAACACCCUGGCUGCAAUCCAUGAAGGCGGUGCCGUCUACCUACCACCAAUGCCUCAAGUUCCCAACAACGUUUGAGGUAAAGACUAUUCGGAGAUCCCAAGAAAUGUCGAGACUUUGCUUCGCGGCCAAACAUAAACUCCGAUUCAAAUCCAUGAUUCCAACCAAGGCGUGCCUCGCGAUCUUACCCACGACUCAAGUCGAUUUACCAUCUCAAGAAGGACCCAAGCGAGAGCUCAUCGUACAAGUAAAAAUCGACAAAAGCGACCCCAAAUGA